AUGAAAAGGUCAUAUAGGCUAUACGCCGCUGUGACUCCAUCACUUGAAGAUCUAUUAAAGAAAGAGUUAACAAAUAUAUUGAAACAACAUCAACAACAACAGCUUCAACAGCAACAACAAAAGCUACAACAACAUGAACAACAAGAUGUAGACUUAUCGAAGAAGAAGAAGUCAUUACCUGUUGUAUCGACACCACCAUUGGCAUUGCCAACAUUGACAACUGACAGAGGCGGCGUGGAGUGUGCCGACUUGACACCUGAGCAGUUGUGGUCAAUCACACAUCACUCUAGACUGGCAGAGACAUUGCGAGUGCGUCUUGGUCAGCCAUUCAAGUCGACCAACUUCAAUAUGCUCAAGUCUGGUCUGCAACAACUGCCCUGGUCAAACUACUUUGCUGUACGCGACAGGACCCUGCCCGAGUGCUCGGCAUCCUGCGCCUCAUCCGCGCUCUAUCAUAGCGGUGCGGUGGAGGAGCGCGUCCUCGAGCACUUUCAAAAGAACGUCAUCUUUGUCAAGCGCAUGACGCCCGAAAUGGCGAGCGAGGAUUCUGGCCACUCGCGUCUCUUUGUUCGUCUUGUCGAUGACAUGGCGCAGAUCAGUGUGGAUGUGUGCAAUGGCGACGGGCUGCACAAGAGGACACCGGGCAAGCACGUCACUGAUGCGCCGAUCCGCGAGACUCUGGCAGCCGCUCUGCUCACCGCCACUGGCUUCUCGUCUGCGCGUCCAUUCAACAUCUGGGAUCCAUUCAUGGGCUCAGGAACAAUCAUACAGGAAGCGCUUGGCAUUGCGCGGGGAGGCAGAUGCACGCCGACAGAGCGACGAUACGCGUUUGAACAAUGGCCUCUGCAUCGAGCAGAUCGCUACGACUCAUUCCUUGUGCGUAUCAAUGAACAGAUGGCUAUCAACAGCUCGCGACUACUGGAUGACUUGCGUGCGGAAAAGGUCGUCUUCUACGGCUCGGACAUUGAUCCCAAGGCAGUGCGAGCUGCACAACAUAAUUUGACCGAGGCAGGCUUCCAGAUACUCCCGACAACAAGCAACGACCUGGGCUCCGACGCCGCACCCAAUAACAAUAAUGGAUACAUUAGACUGUGGCAAGGCGAUUUCAAAGAUGCACUCAAGGGCAUCAAUCACAAGGUGAACAUCAUCACCAACAUGCCUUAUGGCAGCAGGAUCAUGAGUGGCAAGGGUGCGAUCAGCAAGAGUCUCAAAGAUACCUUUGUUUCAUUUGGAGAGAUGAUACGAACCAGUGACAAGAUACACAAUGUAUACGUACUCAAUGGACAUCCAAUGUUCAAAGAGCUCUCUGGUGUUGAAUGGAACGUCCUGCUCGAGUUCACCAAUGGUGGACUGCCAGUCGAAUUCCUCAAGAUGAAGCGAUAA